GUCAGAGAGUGUGACGGGAAAAUUAGAUUUUCCGUUCACGGAAGUAUUUGAACCGCUUUUCCACGGCAAUAAAUGACCUAAAUAUUCCUAUGGCAGUAUCAUAUGUAAUCUCAUCAUAGCUGUUAUAUCUCCGGUUGUACACGGUCUGUCAACGACAAACAAACUGGGACAGAGUUUCACAUCCGACAGAAGAGCCUCAGCAGGUAAUAUUCUGUUGCGCACUAUUUGGACUACCUGGGCCUACCAUGUUUUCACACUGGACGAACUCCAUGAAAGCUGCUUUUACAGGAAACCCAAAAUCAGCCAUUUCCAGCGCAAGCACAGAUUUUGCUUUGGAGCUGCUCCGCACUCUGAGCCAAGACAACCCCGAUGGAAACAUUUUUUUCUCCCCGCUGAACAUUAGCUUUUCUCUGGCGAUGGUUUAUCUGGGAGCUAAAGGAAACACUGCUGCUCAGAUGGCACAGGUCCUCUCAUUUAGCUCAGCUGAAGACAUCCAUGCAGAAUUUGAGAAACUAAACCACAUAAUUCACAUGAAAUCUGGAUCAUACACCCUGAAACUAGCCAGUCGUCUUUACGGAGAAACUACCUCCAACUUCCUCUCUGAAUUCCUUGAAGCCACACAGAAGUACUACAACGCAGAGCUGAAGGCUGUUGAUUUCAUUGGAGCUCCAGAAGCCUGCAGAGCGGAGAUCAACACCUGGGUCGAAGAGCAGACAGAAAAAAAGAUAAAGGACCUUCUGCAGCCGGGUGCUGUCAAUACCAUGACAAGACUGGCUCUUGUCAGCGCCAUCUACUUCAAAGGGAAUUGGAUGCACCCGUUUUGCGAAGAAGAUACCAGAGAAAGCGACUUUGAGGUCAAUCAGAAUGAAACCAGACGAGUCGAGAUGAUGUUCAUGGAGAAAAAGAUGCCCUACACCCGCAUCUCUAAGCAUGGUCUGCAGAUCCUGGAGCUGCCGUACAAGGACAAGGAGCUCAGCAUGGUCAUCCUGCUGCCUCAGAAAUCCACUGAUGGCUCUGAUCCUCUUCACAAGCUUCAGAGCAUGCUUACUCAGGAACAACUGGAAAAAUGGACCAGUAGGAGAAACAUGAGCACCACAACCAAAAUCUCCAUAACGGUGCCGAAGUUCAAGUUCGAGAUGAGCUACGACAUGAUUAUGCCCCUGGCUAAAAUGGGUAUGACGGAUGUUUUCUGUGAGGAAAAGGCCGAUCUGUCAAGGAUGAAUGGGAAAAAGGGACUCUUCCUGUCUACGAUGACACACAGGGCCUUUGUGGAUGUGAACGAGAAAGGUACAGAAGCAGCUGCAUCUGUGGCCAUGACCAAGACUUGGGGUCUUCUGGAUGAGAUGAUAUACUUCACAGCCAACCGUCCCUUCCUCUUCUUCAUCAGGCACAAUAAGACCAAGUCUAUCCUCUUUCUUGGCAGAUUCUCAUCUCCAUAAAUGUAAAGAUUCCUUAUUGCAACACUUUGUAGGAAAUCUGACUUGCCCCCCCCCCCCCCCCCUUAAAACCAUUAACAAAUGUAGCAGCUUUUCCACAGGCAUACACAUCCACAUAGCGAGACCACCACAGGAAACAUCAAGAAAUAUACAUAAAAACAUAAUCACCAAAACAUACCAUAUCAUUAAACAAUUAAACAGAGGUUAGAGAGGCAGAUGUCAGAAUGGUUUAAAUAAUAAAGCAAACAUUAA